CAACUGUCUUUUCAGCGGGAAACCCUUUCUCUCACUCCAGACUCUCUAUUUCUCUCUCUUCCUUUGCUAUCUCUAAUCCUCGGCGUCAUGGCCGUGGUUCUUGGAAAUUUAGCUCUUUUACUCGAUGUGACCUCAACUCGAACCAUUUUUCCGGACCGGAAAAUACGACCGGGGAUUCUCGACGCCGUUUUGAAUCUUAACCCACCAAAGAGAGAGGCACAGAUUCAGAACGCCUUUAUCGCCGCCAAGGUGUUUGACUCAGAGGGCGAGGGUCGCAGUCAGCGAGUAGUGGUGGCGCGUGGAAAAUCGAAUUCGAAGAUGAACGGUGUGGAUUUCGAUGCUGGAUCGAGCGACGAAGAAGGGAAUGGGUUUGAUGAGGGGGAUGAGGAAGAGUUCGACUGGGAGAAGGAAAUGCGGAGGAGAGUGAAGGAGAUUGAGGAGAGGAGGGAGUUGGAGAAGAAAGCCGAAGAGUUGCAGAGCGAGAUGGAGGAGGAUGGAGAACGCGAUGGCAGAGAAGAGACAGAGGAAGAGAAACGGAUGAGAGUUAGAAAGGAGCUCGAAAAGGUGGCCAAGGAGCAGGCAGAGCGAAGAGCCACAGCGCAGUUGAUGUUUGAUUUGGGUCAGAAGGCAUAUGGGAAGGGAAUGUAUGGUCGGGCAAUUGAGUUUUUAGAAGCAGCACUCACUAUCAUUCCCAGAAGCACAUUGUUCGGCGGUGAGAUACAAAUAUGGCUCGCCAUGGCAUACGAGGCCAACAGUCGACAUAAAGAUUGCAUUGCUCUCUACCAGCAAUUGGAGAAGACACACCCAAGUGUUAGCAUCCGACGGCAAGCUGCUGAUCUUCGCUACAUUUUGCAAGCACCAAAGCUCAAGAUAUCCCAAGAGGAGAUGGUGACAAUACCUUUGAUUGGUAAUAGUUAUGACAGCUAUGCAGCAACAUGGACUGAUAAAUAUAAGGACAAGGAUCAGAGAAGCAGCGUAUCAACAACCAAUCAACUCCCGUCGUCGAGAGACUACUUAGGGGACUUUCUGGUUUGGCGACCUCCUAUUGGAUUGGAGAAAAACCAAGCCUUUUGGAUAGCUUUGACAGUAUGGUUGGGCUUAGUUGGAGCUGCCCUCGUUCUUCAAAGAUGAAGUAUACAUAAAAACAGCAUACUUGUAUUUGUCCAUUUGUGUACGUGCUUAAUUCAAAUAUUUUAUUAUGCUGUUCGUGAACAGUAUUAACUGGUUCUUGUAAUAUAUUGUCAUUAAAUCUUUGAAGUUGGAAGGACAUUGGAAUGCCUUUAGCGUGCUUCUUCAUUA